AUGAAGCAAUUGUCUGAUUGUGGUAAAAAAAUAGAAGAAUUAUCUAUAAAAGCAUUUUAUUAUUAUGGCUUAAUGGUUGCUCGAUAUCCAAAGCAUUUUUUGCUUGGCUCAUUAUUAUUUACAGCAAUUGCUAUGACUGGAUUACCUUCAGCAAGAUUAAAUUUGGAUCUCUAUGAAUUAUUUGUUCCUUUAGAUGCACCAGCUCGAUCAGAAUAUGAAAGACUUGAAGUAUACAGAAGGAUGCCUACAAAUUUAGAUCACUUCAAAGUGUCAAGUAAUGUGAGUACCCGAAACAAACGACAACUUGAAAUCUUUAAGGAAAUAUCCAAAUUGCUCUUUUUUUUAUAUCCUGUUCGAAUUGACAUGAUUCGUUUUUACGCGGUACACGAGCAGUACAAAAACUUAUUGCAAUCAGAUAUAUUAAAUAAAAUUUAUAAUUAUACCGAAGAGAUUCUGAAUACUACAAAGGAGCACAAUGGUAAAAUUUACAGAUUUGAAGAUUUCUGUCAUCAAGAUCCCGAUACAUUAAAAUGUUCAAAUUCAUUAAAUACUUGGCUAAAACAUGCAGCGGUCAUUUUUAAAGAUGGCAAAACUAACUACAAUCCAAAUUUUCAACUUUCCUAUCCUGUUAUGUAUUUAUUUAAUAGACCUAAAGAUAUUGGACAGGUUGUUUACGGAGUUAACGUAACUGGACGAAGACGAGAAAUAAGCAGCGCAAAAGUAAUAACAAUUCAUUGGUAUGUUAAUUUUGUCAGUUCGCCAGAAAAAGAACGUGCUUACGUAGCUUUCCGUGAAGAGUUAUCAAAAUUUUGGCUUACGAAAAAAGAAGAAUCCCAACUCAAUUUUAUUGCACAUAAGUAA